AUGGGUGGUCAAACAUUGGAGCAAGGAGAUUAUUCGAGGUUUAAAGGAACUGGCAUUCCACAUUGCUGUAAAAAAGAUCCAAUAGUUGUCGACUUAUUGCCCGGAACUCCUUACAAUCAACAGAUUGCAAAUUGUUGCAAAGGUGGGGUUAUAAAUUCAUGGAUGCAAGAUCCUACCAAUGCUGCAAGCCCUUUCCAACUUCGUGUUGGUUCUGCUGGAACCACCAACAAAACCCUUGUGCCUAAGAACAUUUGGACUGGGUUAUACUUGUGGACCUGCAAAAGUGGGGAAUUCGACCAGUGUUGCAGUGACAUGGAACCUUACGUGCACAUAUUCACAGUUUCUGGCCCAAAAAUCUCCAACUUGCUGUGGUCUAUGUCGUCCUUCUACAAUGACACGAUCAAUGCCCAACUUGUACUUGUGGAUGUCAGAAUAACAUCACUCAGCCAGGAAGUUGUGUGGACUACCAAGAUUAAUGCAGUCAAUUAUGUCCGACUUCGCUAUAGCAGUGCUCAUAGUGUAAGGCCACCUGGUGUCAUAGCAAAAUUCCUCGCCGAGAUGACUGGACAACCUCUAGACCGGAUCAUCCCAAUAGAGAGAUUAAAAGUGGCCUUGAAACGUGGAUCAUGGACAUUUAUCCAUCACACACAGAAGAACGAACCGAACAUAUUUCGGAGCAAAUCUCUCAACCACCCUCAGAUUUUCUCCCAAAUCCCAAGGUUCAAGGGUUCAAAUCUAUUUCUCCCGAAUCGCACCAAAGUCCUUGGGUUUCGCCAUCGUCCUCUUAGACGUGUGGAAUUUGAAGACGACGGUGAGGAGGACGAGCACAAUAAUCCUCACAGCGAGGUGGGGAUGGAGCUUGAUCGUGAAAUGGAGUCAAUAACGAAGAGAAGGAGAAGAAGCUCAGCUACAAUUAUCCAACUCCUCCAAGACUUGUUGCUGCAGCAUUUGGCUGAGAAUGAUCCAAACAGAUAUGGGACGCUGCCGGCUAAAAAAGAGGCAGUACAAGCAUUGCCCAUUGUGAAAAUUGAGAAAGCGGUGCAAUGCUCUGUUUGCUAG